UACAGGGCAGGAAUUGCUUGCUUGGGGGCCUUGUAUGAACAGCUGGGAAGAAUGUUGGGGAAUACAUACAUGGAUACUGUAGGAAAUUUGCUGAAAGCUAUGAAAAGUGCUGAGUCCCAAGGGCGCUAUGAGAUUAUGCUGAGUUUGCAGAAGAUUCUGUCUGGACAAGGAGCCACUGCUGCAUCAUGUCACAGAGAUAUCUACAAAGCUGCUCGCUCAUGCUUGACUGAUCGAUCAAUGGCUGUUCGCUGUGCUGCAGCAAAGUGUCUUUUGGAACUUCAAAAUGAAGCUGUGUUUAUGUGGACCACAGAACUGGAGAAUGUUGCUACACUUUGCUUUAAAGCCUUCGAAGGUUCAAAUUAUGAUGUGCGAGUAUGGGUUUCAAAAUUGCUGGGUACUGUUCUGGCUACAGCUGUGGUGCCUAAGCAGGGUCCCGGUGUGAGGCUAGUUGUUCGUAAAACCAUGCUGGCGGAAGCAAUGGACUUGCUAGCUUCUGGCUUCUCGCGAGGCGGCAGCGGGUUCUUGCGUGUCAGUGGAGAAAUGCUAAAAGGAGGAAGCUCUGUGAACCGGGAUAUUCGGAUUGGAGUAACUCAGGCUUAUGUUGCUUUUAUUUCUACACUUGGUGGUCAGUGGUUGGAACUGAAUUUUGCUGCCUUACUUGAACAUAUUUUGGAGUUGAUGUCUCACCCAAAAGCUACACAAACUCAGAUUGAUGCCAUAUGUUGUCGCCGUUGUGUUUCAUUUAUCCUUCGAACCACGGUAGGAAGUCUGCUUGGAGAGAAAGCUCAGAUUGCAGCAGCAAAAGAGAUCUGCCAGGUUGUGGGUAAACAGAAUAAAGCUGUAGAUGCUGCAAUGAGUGACACCAAUAUGGAGACAAAGUUGGAUGCAAUGGAUGUGUCUGCCAGCCAACAUGUGCUCGUCUGUACCCUACAAGAAUUGGGCAGUCUAGUGCAAGGCCUUGGUUCUACUGCUGCCCCAUUACUUCAGGAUUCCACAAUAGGUGUGCUCGACAAAGUAAUUUCAGUGCUACUACAUCCCAGUGUUUCAGCUAGAUUAGCUGCAGCUUGGUGUUUGCGUUGUUUCGCAGUGGCUUUGCCCUCCGAGGUUUCUCCUCUUCUGGAUCGUUGCACUGAACGCCUGAGUGCUCUCAGAUCUUCCCCUGAAGCGGUAACUGGUUACAGUUUUGCAAUAGCAGCACUGCUAGGAGCAGUCCAGCAAUGUCCGCUGGGUAUCCCUCAUGAGAAAGGGAAGUUGAUAAUGACCCAAGCAGAGGACUUCUUACGUACUGCAAUCCAAAAUAGUCGCCUUUCAGUACACCGCACUCAGGCUGGUUGGCUUCUUUUUUCCGCACUUAUGACACUAGGGCCAGCAGUCAUACACCGUCAUCUUCCAAGAAUUCUCUUGCUUUGGAAAAGUGUAUUCCCUCAAUCCCCAAAGGACUUGGAAAUGGAAAGAAAUCGUGGGGAUUGCUUCACAUGGCAGGUGAUGCUGGAAGAACGUGCAGGAGCUCUCUGUGCAAUGAAGUGCUUUAUGUUGUAUUGCAAAGAUUUAUUGACUGAUGAUGUAAUUGAGAGACUCCUUCCACUCCUUACCUUCGCUGUAGCUUUAUCAACAAAACUGCCUGCACUUAACAAAUCAUAUGGAACUCCUUUGAAGAGUGCUUCAGUUGUAUUUAGACAACGGUUAUAUGAGGUUCUGGCUCUGCUGCCACCCAAGAACUGUGAAGGGAUGUUUAAUUCUGUUCUGAAAGAGUUGAUUGCGGAAUUGACUCUGGCUGAUAAUCAAAUGUUUGCUGCUACCUUCUUGCUUCCAUCCCUUUGUCAUCAGGAUGAUGCUCUGCUACUUGGAGCCUGGUUGCAAGAAACUGAUCAUCGAUUUAUCGAGGAGCAGUUAAAAUUAGGUGGUAUCUUGGGAGGUGGAAGCCUUGAACAUGAUCCCUUUGCCAUCUAUCAGAGAUUAGCGGAUGGGGAACUUGUACCUACACCUCUUCCUCCAGUACUAUCAAUGAUCCGAGCAGCAGUUGAGCUUUUCGGAGUGAUAUUUCCUGGUUUGGAUGUUAAGCAUAGAGCACAGGUUUUGGAUCAAUUUACAGAAUCCAUAAAGCAAACUAAAGGAUCAAAGCAGCAAACUGUACAGCUAAAUGUUUUUGCUGCAUUCUGCUAUGGAUUGAAGGUAAGCAUGUUGUUUUUAUAAUACUCCCAAAGGAUAAAAGGAACUUGAGACUUCUCACUAACUUGAAAUGACAGAAGUUGGAUUUGAUUUGAGCUCAUACUAAUGGACUGAUUAUUUCAUUUUGGAACUAUGUAGAGCCUUGUACUAAAUUUAGUUGACAGUCUUAAUGUAUCACAGACAUGAACAACCAACAUCAAAAUGUUUGAUGUUUGCUGAAAAUUGACUGCAAUUAUGUUAUUCAAAAAUUAUUAUAAAGAUGAAUUUUGUGGCAUUUUGAAGAUUUUUCAUUAACCUACAAAGUCAAAAUUAAGAGUUAAACCUCUGGUACUGUAUGCUUUAACUGCUGUCUCCACCGUAUUGCUUUAAUGAAUUAUGUACAUAGACACCCAGAUCUCUCUACCUGUAUACCUUUAGAGUAGUAUCCUUUACUUUUUAUUGUUUCUCUCAAUGUCUGUUCUACCACAUUGUAUCACCUCAUCCUUCGGGUUCCGUGCACUACUUCAUCAAUGUCUGCACCACUCCCAAGGGGUUGGGGAGGCUGGGAUCCCAGCUGGAGCAGAUCAAAGUCUGGUGCUGAGGUGAAGGUAGUUUAGGAGUGGGAGGCUCACUCCACCUACCUCAGAGAUGCGGGAGGAGCCAGAUAGGACCCUAUUAUUCACAGUUCCAUAAGCACCAUUUCCUUCCGUCACUUCAAAGAUGUAAGGUUGUGACGUUGUGCCUGCCUGUGCUUUGUGCUACGUGUAACGGUGACCUUCAGAAUAAAUGCGACCUGAAAAA